CAAUACUUAUGAACUGCCUCCUGUCAGCACAAGACAACGCUAUUAAUGUGUGUGGUACCGAUCUACUUCAGGCAGUAGGUAAAGACUUGUCUCAAGUUUGACACAGGUCUACCCAGACGAUAAGGAAUUGUUUAUGUGUUCGCUGGCGAGAGGGGGGUUAAACGUUUAUGUGUGUGUGUGUGUGCUUUGAGUACUUGCCGUGUGCUCUCACUAUCGUGUGAUUGUAGCACUUGAGUUGGGUACUUGGUGAUUUACUGUAAAUCUACUAGGUUUAGAGAGUAAAGUGUUUUAUUUCAUGGAAACUACUUGUGGAAGGAAGUGACACACAAAGUUUGAACUUUCUCGAGACAGAACGUUACUUGUUUCAGCGAAAGAUUUACUUUGUGAGUUGUACUAUAACAUUCGACAUAAUGUCGAAGUGUCUGGACUUUGGUUGAUGCGCAGUACUGAUAUAAAACUUUUUUAUAUAAAACUAAUACCGCAUAGAGUUUAAAAUUCUAAUUCUUUAGGAUUUUUUUUUCCAAACGUUGGAGCUGAGAUGGUAAUUAGAUCUUGUUCCUAAUGUUAACACUUCAUAAAAGUUCAUGAUUAGUUUAAAGAUAAUUAUAAUAAGGAAAAUCGAUUGCUAAAAUCCAAACAUAUAAGAAACAUAUUGACUUCAUAUAUAAUGUUGUAUAUAAAAACAACAACACUACAUGUAUAAUUAGAUCUGACUCUCCAUCUAGUCAUUUCAUUUGUUUCUAACGUGCCGAUUUCAGAGGAAAUAUUUAAUGUCGCAAUUAUAAUUACACUUAAACAGGAUUCCCACAAAUUCAAAGUAGUUUUCUGUUCUGUGACUUACACUAACUGCGCGUGACUAGAUUCAUUUCUUUCAUCUACAUCAACUUUGUAUACGAGACACGUGGAUCUAAAAAUAGAUUUAGGUUUGAAAAUAAGAUGCACUACUUAAAUUUACUCGUGUAUAAUCUGUUCUACAUUUUUAACAAUAUUUGCUUCAAGUCAUCUUGCACCACUUGACUCCUUCUAGAUCGGGACUCUGGUAUGUAGAAGUUUCCUAGCUGCUAAGUCAAGCCGUAAAACUGGAUUAUGGAUGAAGAUUCGGAUGUGGAUAAAGAUUUGGAUAGUUCCCUGUUAGCGGAUUUACAUCACGGAUUAGAUUCCAGUGUGGAUGAUUGCUCUAGCGUUUUUGAUAAAGAGGAGUUUAUGGCCCUUAAAGGAGCCCAGAAGGUGGAGGAGAAUCAGACGGAAGGAUUAGCAAUGGAUCAAAUAGCAAUGCUCCAAGAGAUGGUCCAGGAGAUGAAGAAAGGCUUCCAGUCUGCUGUUGAGGAGCUGGGUAAGAUUCAGGCUAAAGAAGAACAUGAUUCUGCCAGAGGGAAGCAGCAGCAGCAGUUGGAGAACCUGACUGAGACUUUACAGGAAAUCAAGUCUCAGCUGAGUGUUCUGACCAAAGAUGUGGACCUCAUCAAAGACGAGCAGAAGUUGAUUAAGGAACAGUUGGAAGAAGUCAGAUCCAAUAGAGGCAGUUCCCUAGACAGAAGAUCUCAGAGUGACUCUGAAAGCCACCAGGUUAUUCCCAUACCUGAUUCAGAGCUGUUACCAGAAGAAUGGAAUUACAAAAUCUCAGAUUUUCCAGCUGUUGAGGAUGCUAAGCAGACGCUGGAUACUUCCGAUGAGGCUCGAACUAGCAAUGAUUCAGAAGUGACCUCUGUGGCCUGUAAAAGUUUAAGCCUAACUCAAGCUCUGGCUGAAAAAUGUCUUCGCCUGAACCAUAUGGAAUCCAGUGAUGAGGAAGAACGUUCCACCAACAGACGAGUGUCCCACUACACACCAAAGCUCUCACAUCUUUUAUUACAGGAAGCAGCCAACCGACGCCACAGUAUGCCAGUUGUCCCAACACCAGAGAACACUACUAGAGAUGUUGUUAAUGCAGGUAAGAGACAGAAAACUGUCAAAGAUUUGGCAGACUCUGAAAGAGACUACUGUUCAAAACUCUGGUCACUGCUCAACAACUACCUGACUCCUCUUCAAUCUGGGGGUUUCUUUAGUGCCAAGGAACUUGAUGUGUUGAUUCCACAGUACAUGGAACAGCUUUAUGUUGAGCACUGUCACAUCUGCACUGGCCUGCAAGAACGUUUGGUGCAUUGGACACACAUGGGCACUAUAGCUGACCUGUUCACUAGGGUUACAGAUUUAAAUAGCCUUGAUUCUAUUUUACCUUUUUACCAAGUGUAUGCUGAAGAUUUACCCACUGCCAUUACCUGUUUAAAGAGAGCUUUACUACAGUCUUCUGAGUUUAAGGAUUUCUUGAGGGCAAUCAAACACAGUAGCUGUGCAAGUGAAGAUUUAAUGGCAUUGAUUAUGUCCCCUGUUCAACACAUGCCCAGAUUUUUAUUACAGUUGCAGCAAAUACUGAGAUAUACCCCAACAACACACCUAGACUACCCACUACUUCAGACGUCACUCCAAAGAUUGAGAACCUUUGUUGAUCAGUUGAAUAAAGAUGUGUCCAGUGCAAUGCAAGUUUUGUCCCAAGAAAAUAGUUUAAGGCUGAAUGGGAAUGAAUUCCAAGGAUCUCAACUAGAUACCAGCUUACACUUGGUCACCAGUGAAGAAGACAAUAUUACUUCUGCCAGAGCUUUGUCCAAGUCUACUCUUAGCCAUGUACAGUCAGAGUGGUUAGAUGAUGUCUACAGUCAUAGGUCACUGCAACAAUUUGAAGAUACAAGGCACCACAUGAUGCGUCCUCUGUCUGGUCACACUAAUACACUCAGCCAACCAGAUCUGACCAAUAUAAAUGGCUACCCCCAAGAAAUGUCUGGCUUAGCUCAUUUUCCAAGAAGUCAGUCAUCUAUACCCUCAACUGCUGUCAAUGAGGGACUUGGGGAAAGGCAAUACAGACACUAUAAGUCUCCUAGAGCACGUCCAUCAUCUGCUAUUGAUUUCAUUGGCCAUGGUCCACAACAGUAUCACUACAACCAUCUCACUAAGAGGCUGUAUCCUGGUCCACUGCCCAGACCACACUCAGCUAUGGGACCCAUGGGUAUGCCCGUCAUCGAUGGCCAACACAGGCCCACUAUCAUAAGCAGAAAACACUUGAGGAGAUCCCAGCCUUUGGCUGGAAGUAAAUCCUUUUGGCCAGAGACAUCAUCUAGCAACAUAUCACCUUUAGCUUAUCCGAAAAUGAAAGAGGAUGAUGAUGAUGAUGAUGAUGAAGAUGACACCCGGACCAGCGAUACUCAUUCGUUAGUAACUACUGGCUCACAUCCACCCAGCAGUAGCCAUUGUUCUAAUGAAAGCCCUGAAACUGAGUUUAAUCACACCAAUAUUGUGCAGGAAUCUCAGCCCUUGGCACAAAAUCUUGACCACAAAAACUCAGUUGAAUUCAGUGCAGCUGAAGUUACUGCCAGUUUGGCUAAAAAACUUUAUCCUGGCCAGGUCAGAAUACAUCCUGUUGGUCAACAGAAUGAAAAACUUCCUUCUGAUUUACAGUUCAGUAGAGAAGAGGUCAGUCCAAAGUCUCAUCCUCCUGGUAAUCCAUUUAGAGAUUACUUGACCUCUUCAGUACUAGACAGGUCAGGUGUCAGGACAGUGACUAACGGUGCAGUAAUGUCCACAAUUGUGCCAAAUGUGUCAGCCAGUCAAAUGAACAAUAAUGGAAACUCCUCACCCAAUCCUUUUAAAGAAUCUAGAUUAAAGUCCCAGUUGGAUGACAGGAGAACCACAUUGCCUGUGGAUGUCAACUCUGUUCUGUCCACUGAAGACAAUAAUGAUGCACACUCUGGCCUACAAAAUGGUCUAGACAAAGGAGAAGAGAAGCAAUCAGAGGACAAGCAGCUAUCAGAAAAAAACAAACAGUUUUUGCUAUCACUGGCCCAUACAUCUACUAGUGAUCCUCACAACAAACACUCACUUAGGUUAAGGGGGGUAACUGAAACAAACAAAAGUACAAACCCAGAAAGCAUAAAACAGCCAGGUUCAUCUACAGAAACCAAAAGUGUACACCCUCAGCCUCCACCAAGAUUUUCAAGGAAUGUAGGUUUAGAAUCAACAUUCACUAAUGGCUCUGUAGAGACAAAUUAUGUUGGACUAGCUAAACAAACGGAUUUUAAAACUCAGAAGGCUGAGGUUGCACCAAAUGGUCAUACUCUGUCUGUGAACUGUAGUACAAAUGACACUGAAGGCAGAACAACUAUGGCCAGUGUUGAAAAUUCCCCAGUCUUGACUCUGGAAUACCAUAAGAGCAACUCAAACGAUACAGCUGCUCCUACACAUCAGUCCUAUACUUCUCCACUUGAUCCAUUUACUCAAAGCAGUGUUUCAUUUUUUACUGCCAAUAUUCAGCCUGUAGUGAGACCAACAAAUCCAUUUCUAGCAACGUCUAGGAAUAGCUUUAACCCAGCAGCCUCAGAGUCUACAUCCUCAGGAAAAGAUGAUGGUUUCCCAGCAACCCUUUCUCACAAAGAUUCCAACUUUCAGACUGAGUCUCACACAGUUAUCAAUCGAACUGAUUCUGUAGAUGAUGUUAGAAAGAAAGAAGACAGAAUGAGAGCCAAAGAUGGAGGCAGGCUAUCCCUGACACAUGAUAUGUCUAGAACCAUUGAUGAUCCUGUGGCUUCUAGAAAAAAAAUGCAUUUCAAAGCUUCCAUUAAAAAUCUUUUUUCCAAAAAAAAAGGUAGUAUAAUAUUGGCAGAUGUUGAAAGAGAAGUUGUUAUGGAAAUGGCCUGUGCUGCUGUGUCAACUAUGAGCAGAUCUGACAUACCCAGUGGGAUUACCAACCAGAAAGCAGACAAUUUUAAAUCUACUGAAAGCAUUGAGGGAAAGUGGAAUAAAGAAGAAAUGGCUUUUGAAAUAAAAACUAGAAAAGAUCAAGGCAGCAGUACAUCUAGCCCAAUUAAAGUGUCCAAACUUUUCCACAGCCAGCCAAAAGUAGCCAAAAUCCUGUCCAGAGCUGGUAAGGAUUGUUGUGAAUUGAGCAAGGAUGAAUUUCAACAGUUUCAGACUUCAUUGGACUCAGCUAGACCACAGGAACCAUCUCCAAAUAAUUCAGCAGUUUGCACACCGUAUACAGUUAGUUCACAGGCUAUGAAAGGCAACGUUGCUGAUAGAAACACUGUUCAAUUUCAAGAUGUCAUUGAGAAGCAAAUUAUGUCACAGACAACAGAAGUAGCUCUGCUAAAUAAAGAUAAAACACUUUUCCCUAGUGACCAAUCUUAUUCGGAUGGGACUAUCAUUAACAUGAACAAGUUUCUUCCACCUAAAACAGGACAGGUUAAAGAGAUAUCUGGGAGAGUCAAGGGCAAGAUGAGAGACAGUAAGUCUCAAACUGGGGAAUCUGAUACCUUGCUGAUCAGAAAAUUCGAAAAAGACCAACAGCACACUGCUUCGGAGCUUGAUUCCAGGAAGAGUGAAAAACAAGCCUUCAAAACUAGCAUUUUCCUUUGCCACAAAUGUCAGAUUGGUGACAAUGAACAAAACAAAUGUACCUCAGGCAGUGGCAUUGUUUUGUCAAAUAGUAGCAACAUUUCUGAAAAGCAUGUGAUAGAGAAGUGUAAAGUGUGUGGCUCCUAUUGGCAAAACAAAGAUAGUCCUCAAACUGAUGCCAACAGAGAAUAUAAUGGAGUGGAUGCUAAAAUGAAUAUAGAUGUGCCUCACACUGCAUCUGAGGACCUGAGCUGUGCUGAAUGUUUAAAACCAUGUUCUAAUGCCAUUCAAAGUUAUGAACAAAGUCUCAGUUCUCAACUCAAAGCAUGUCAAGAUUUAGAACGUCAAAUCCUUGACUCUGAAAAAUGUUUUAAAUUGUCCCCCAGUCAAAGCACUUCUUUUGUCAGUAAAUCUCUCAUUUCAAGCCACUCACAGCAUCAAGGCAAAGGGGAUACAGGAAUUGAAGGAAUUCUAAAUACAAGACAUGAAAAAAAUGACCACAUCUCUAGCAAUAAUUUCAUUAGAAUUGACAAACAUGAUCAGGUGGCUAGCAAUAAAUCACAGAAAAGUAAUUCAGGUGAUCACAUUUCAAACAUAAAUUCCACAAAAAGUGACAAAAAUGACAAUAUUUCUGGAAAUAAUUCUUCAAGAAAUGACACAUUAGAUCUGGUGUCUGGCAAUAAUUCCUCUAAGAGUUCUGAAAAUAAAAUAACAAAAUCAUUCUUCAAAUUGUUCCUCCCAUCCAAGAGUGAUUCAAACUCCAAAAGUCCCAAAAGUGAUUCAAACUCCAAAAGUCUCAAGAGUGAUUCAAACUCUAAAAGUAACUCCUAUGGCUCUAAUCAAGUAGCUGAAGAUCCAACUCUGAAAACAUCUAAAACUUCUGUUUCUUCUGCUGUAACUGCUCCCUUAUCAAAUAUAGACCAACACAUUUCUAAAACUCAAAUUUCACAAGAAAUCUCAUCUAACAAAAACGGAGAAUCAUUUCAUCUGAAAAAAGUCAAGUCUAAAAGGAAAGAUAAAACAAAACAGCAAGCUGUGGAUAAGUCAGAGGAUGUGGAAACACUUGACGUGUCCAAGCACUAUAUAUUGAAAGGCAAAGACUUUGACCAUCAUUAUACUUUGUACUAUGAUGAAGAGACUGCAGUUAAUGGAGAUGGCUCUCCUGGUCAGACUCCACCAACAAAAUAUAAGAAUUCUGACAAUUCUUUACAUUCAUGUUCGAAAAAAGAAAUCUAUCGCCACUACCUUAAAACACGACCAGCGAAUGAUGUUUUCAGGAAAAGAUACAAGCAGCACAAAAGUCAGUUGCAUUUUACCAACUCUAAUAGUGAAGAGCAUGCCCUGGCCUACAGAAAAGAUUUUCCUGACAAAAAUCUGAAACAUGAAAGGUCAGAAAAUGUCUUGCAAUCUUACAGGCAGAAAGUUUUGCCAGCAUAUAGUGAUGCUAUCCCCUUGAGAGAGAAUGUACUUUUGAGUUCCUGCAAUGCAGCAGACACUUCUUGUUGGUCUAACAUAAGACCCAUUUCUAGGCAGUGUUGCUCUUUAGAGGAGUCUUCCUCUCCACAUCCCCUUCUAUCAUCUAGCUUCCUGCAUCAAAGUAAUCUUUCCAAAAUUGAGUCAGAUAGAAAAUCCCAGGACUUAAAGGACAGUGUCACCUGUGACAUUGAUGGUCAGAAACACUCCACUGGAAUACCAGUAAUGCCUAUCAUUUUACCAGUUGUAGGUUAUCGAGAUGGGCAAAGAAAUACUUUGUUUAACUUUUGGCCAUCCUAUAUGUCCAGAACACAAGCCAGCUCUGGAUCCAAUGGUCAUAAUAAGAGUGACGAAGGCACCCCUGCAGAAGAUGCUCUGAAAGAGUCUGAGUCUGAAGAGACAUCAGUGAAACAGGAUUCCACAUCCUCUCAGCUAGUUGCAACAAGUGCAUGUGAAGAAAGCAACAGCUACAAGCCCAGGAGGUCACAUCUAUUAACACUCAGUGUCAGGGAAGUUAAAGAGGAAACUCUGCCAGCAGGUGCUGUCGAGCAAGAAGACAUUCCUGAACAGCACAACUUGACCAGCAAACAAGAUAUGGCUGCCAAAAAUGAUAAUCUAACUGAGCAGUCGGUAGUUCAGUUUUCUGGCAAUUUAACAUCCCCUAAUGUAAACAAUAAGACAGCACUUGUAGCAACAAAAGGUUCUGCUUCUCUCAGCCAUGGCAAUACAAAAGAAGCUCAGGUUUCUAAAGAUGAUCUCAAUGAUGUGGAGAGUGGCAAAAAUGAUCACAGGGCAAGGUUUACAUCUGCCUUUCCAAAAAUGUACUCAAACCAAUCCCACCAAGACAAACCAAUGCCUGUUAAUACUAAACAAUUUAUUUUAAGAACCAGUUCACCCUGUGAGCUUGCAACAAAUCCCUCUUUGAAUCAGUUUGCCAUCUGUAAUGAAAAUCCUCUUUUAGAUUCAGCCUUAUUCAGUAGUCAGUACCCAUGCAAAAACCUGGAGCCUUCAGCAAGAAUAAAACCAGAGAAACGAAGUAAAAAUAAGGUCAUGGUCAACAUAGGUAGCAAUGAUGGCUUGACUACUUUGAUUGACCACUCCCUUGCUACACAUGAGCCUCAAGCCCGCUCAGGUAAACAUGAGCACAGGUAUCACUUGGAAGGGGUGGUGAUGAGAUCUGAUCAUAAAAGUCGACAUGCUAGACCCAGCACUGCUGAAAUGUUCAGAGGUGGUUUCAAUCACAACAUACCUCCCCAGCCUUAUCUGAUGAACAGGCCCAUCUCACAUCCUCAUGUUGACAGCACCUUACAUCAUGGUAGCGCUAUCAAACAUGGAACAAAGCAUUGGUCAGUGCAUGCUGACCUCCCAAGGACCUCACCGAACCAUUUGGUUAGCCACAAGUCCAGUAAGACUCUCAAAAAUGACCUUUCUUUCAGGAACUCUUUUUUUGGAGAUCCCAAAAGAAACUCCCCAUCCUCACAGAGCUCUUAUAGUGUUCAAAGUGAAGGAUCCCAGAAAACCAACUUAAGUAAGUCCCCAAAUCACACAGCUGGCGAGGUAACUCAGGUCAAUGUUCAUGCUACUCCAGAUUUACUUCCCCCUGACAGUCACUUGAAAGAUGAGCCAUGUUGUAAACUCAAGGACAAGUCUACAAAACAAUCCCAGUCACUAUUUACUAGACUAACCCAGUCUUCUUUGUCUUUCUUCUCUAGGGACCCAAAACCAAACAAUGCACCAAAAUAAAAUGAGUUCAGUUGUACAAUGCUUCUUAUUCAUUUAGUGUUCACUAAAGUUUAAACAUGAAUUUUUUGUUUUUAAUGUAUGAAAAAAAAGCAUUUCUGUAUUUUAUUUAGCAAUGUGAUCUAUUUAUUUGUUCAAUUGAUAUAGCUAAGAAUUUAUUCUAUUUAACUGAAUUGUAUUCUUUUUUUUGGCUAAGAAUUUUUAGAUGUAAAAAUACCAUCAUAUAUAUUUCUUGUCCAUGUGGUGUCAUAUUUAAAAAAAAAAUAAGGGUGAAAUGUCUACACACUAUUUGUUUCAAUUGUUUCAAGGAGUGUUUUACAUUGUUUCAUGGUUUCAUAAAAAAUGCAAUGCAAUAGUAUCUUUGUACAUGAAUGACACAGAUGUUUAUACAUUGUGUGUUUGUACAUAACACAAGAGACUUCUAUGUUUGUGUAUGUUUGAUUAAUGUAAUGACCAUGUAAUUUAUGUGUGUAAUGCCUAUUAGUCAUUAUGAACUUUGCCAGUAGAAUUAAGUUUGAAAAGCACUGCUGUAUUGUGUUUCUUAUAGAAACAUGUUUGAGACAAUGAAUUUCAACUCAGUUAUAAAACAGAAGAUAUUAUUUUCUUCAAUCCUGGUAUUUGCCAAAUGUAUUGCAUUAAACUGUCUUAUAAUACACAUAUGUAGAACUUUAAAAUUCUUUGAUUAGCCAUUUGUACACUAAGCAUAUAACAAGUACUUAUACAAAUAAAAAGCUUUAUAAGAAUGCAAGAUAUUUGACUUUGAAAAAAUAUUACUUUGAUUAUUUACACUAAAAGAAAUGAUUAAAAACUCUCCAUAUGGAUGGCAGUGUUUAAUCUUCCAAAGAAUAAACCAGAAUUACUGUUCCUAAUAAUUGGCCUUAAUAAAAUGUAUAGCAACAAUACAAUUAUUUGUGAUGAUAAAAGUGCUCUAGAUCUGUAAUAGAAGAUCUGUGUGUUGCUGUCUAUCAAAUACAUUGUAGUCCAGUAUAUAGUAUCAUCAUUUUGUUUAUUAAUAAUGAAGAUUUUGUUUGAAGUGACAACCAUUGAAGUAUUAAUAAACAUGGCCAAGUAAUAA